AUGCUGAACCCCCUCCAACUGCAAGUCUUUCCGUCUUGCUACAACGCCCUGUCGUGUUCAGCAGAUGGGGAGUUGGCUCUAGCUGCAGGUGAAUUUGUCCAAAUUGCGUCUCCUAAAAAUGCGCCAGAAGGAAACAACUCCACGUCCCAGACAGCGGGUACAAGCUGGCAACUCAGUCGCUUCCGAGCGAAUACCUUCACAGUUACCGAAUGGCCGACGAUUCUCCCUCGGCCCAGGGAGUAUUUCUCUGUUGGGGCUGAACAGUCAAACAGUAUAGUUGCAGACCUAGCAUGGUCCUCCCCAGGGCUAGGCAAACACCGGCGCAGUAUUUUGGCCGUCUUGACAUCAAACCUUCUUUUGUCUUUCUACGAAAAUAGUGGAUCUCAAGGCAAAUACGCACGAGUCGCUUUGGUGAAUGAAACUCUCCGGCGGCAUUUCGAGCCCAUCAUUCCUGAUGAGGGCUUGAGAGCGAAGAAAUCGAACAUUCGCUCUUUCGCAUGGUCACCGCCUCUGAAGGUGCCUUCGCCCGAUUCUGACAGCCUUGGGGCUGAGCAUCGAUGGGGAAUCCAUCUUCUUUCGGUCACAAAUGAUGACAAUGAUGUUAUUCUCCUGCGAGUCCAACGCACAGAGGAGCAAUCCUAUUCUAUCGAAAUGCUUUCACUCACUUCCCUCCAUGACCUGGUGGGUAAUUUCCCCAUUGGCCAACCAUCCAUUCUGUCCAGUGCCAUUAAGCACCGUUUAAAAACCUCCUCUAUGUCCUAUGGCCCUUGGGUUUAUGAGGAAGUUGGCGAGGGCGAAUGGUUUGCCACUGCAAACGCGGCCUUAGUAUAUGGUACAAAACUGAAAAUUGUGAAACAAAGGAUACAAUUGAAUGUGUCCUCUGCAGGGUGUGCUAUCGGAGGCCAGUUAUCAAGCAGCUGCGAGGCGAACUCUCCCUUGCAUAUUAAGGAGAUGGACAACUUCCAAUUCAGAGGGCCGCUACAAUGGAUCUACACAGAGAAAUCCCCAGAGAUCCGUCUAGCUGCGGGAACAAUGGCAGGGAUGAUCCUGUUAACAUCGACGCGCGCUGCGUACAGUGGAAUGGAUACAAAACCACGGCAGGUUGACUUGCGAGAAUACCCAUUUUACGAUGGAGCUGGUGAAGACGUAGAUGGCAACAAACCCAGCCAUUGGGAGGCCAUCGGUGCUAUGACCACUGCAUUCGACGAAGCAUCGAACACAUGCACACUUCAUCUCGGCACAGUUGGAGGCUAUACGGCAUCCAUGGCAUUCCCCUCUAUCGAGGAACCACAGCUUUCCGCAGCUCCCUGGAAGACCCACAUCGACGAGAUCUGCGACCGGUUUGAUAUUGACCAUGAUCUCGGAGGAUUCACUGUGGCCAGAGUCUGGGGUCUCACAUCCCAUCGUGGUGUCGUUGUCGCUGCAAUCACUCGACACCCAGGUGACAUGGUGGAAUACCGAACGUCCUCAGAAGACUUAACUGUCCUUUUGUUCUCCGGAGCCAACUCCGGAUGCAAAGAACCUAAAGCUUUUCCCACAGCACGAACGGUUUUGGACACUUCACCCAGCAACCUCUCCGCUAAACGCGAUGCUGUUCUCAAAUACGUUCUGGACGUCGAUGGGCGGAAUUAUGAUGCAAGCCCGUGGAGCGGGAAGAUCCUCUACCACUAUCGGGAUUGA